UUAAAACUCACAUGUGCUCGUGCUCCUAGCUUCUUCACAUUUCAACUUCGCGUUGUCUUAUGUUUUUCUGCAAAAUAAAAAGUUCGACAUAAAUUUAAUAAAAAAUGAAAGUUAAAAAGCCAAAAAACGUUGAACAACACGAUGUUGAAAAAGAUAAUAAAGAAGAAGAUAAAACCGAAGUUGCCGAAAAGCCAGUUAAAAUUGUUGAUGGAUCAAUUUUUAAAUAUUUCAAUGAUUUAACAAACGACAGUGAACACGUUCGAAUAAAUGCUGGAACACAAUUAUUGCAACAAUUAUCUAAAUCCCAGGAUGACGAUAAACGCAAAAAAGAGAUUUCGUAUUGUUUGAAACGACUUUGUCGUGGUGUUGGAGCGUCCACGUCUGCUUCUCGGGCAGGAUUCUUUACAACACUAGUUGCAUUUCUGCAAACUACAACCACCGAUGAUGUGAGCAUAGAAGAUGUCAUUAAAACAGUGCAGAAGGAACUUAAUGUUGGUACUUCAAUAUCGAACAAGGAAGAUGCAGAUGCGUUUGUUGGAAAGAUCCUUGUUUGUGGAGCAGUUCUCCGUUCAGGACGACUUAGUCAAGCCAACGCUGAAUAUCUGGAACAAAUAACAAAUAUUCUUGUUCAAGCUUCCAGACACCGCACAUACCACUGCUCCCUGGCAUAUGUCUUCCUUAUAGAGAUGAUAGAAAAGCUCACCGUCGAACAAUUCGAGCAAUCUGUUUGGCCUCUUUUACAAAUAGAACUCAUCAAACCAUGGCCAAAGCAAACAGUGCAAACCGUACACUGUCUAAUUGUGGCUCAUCUAAAAUUUCCCUCUGUCGUGGACAAACAAUUCUUCAAGAUGCACCUCGGUGGUGCGAAAUUGAUCAAUUCAGAUAGUGAACCCCAUUUGUUGCGACUUUUCGUAGGCAAUACGAAUUCAGAUAUUCUGACACACCCGGCUUUGGAAGCUUUUGGUGCCUAUAUAGCUACUAGCAGUAAACUAGUUGAAUUCAUUGAAAAUCAAUUCGAUCCAUUCUUAGAAACGCCAAACAGGCUGAAGGAGAUAAUUUCACUGAAAUUCCUUACAGACAUUCUGGCUCAUUUGGAUAACGAAAAAACACCGGUUUCGCGUCUUCUGAGUCCGAACUUUGUAAAAAUGAUCGUUGCUAGCUUAAAAAAUACCAAGUCAAAGAAAGACGAGACAUUCAAAGCUUUCUACGCUGAAUUCUUUGAAAACCUAUCAGCUUGCUGCUUAAAGGCUACUGAUGCAGAGCGUGUUGAAGUUGUCCACAAGCUUAUCCUUCAUCCGGGAACAUUUAAUAUUGAAAAAUUUACAACGAAUCGUAUUGUCCACCAGAUCAUAGGAUUCAUGGGUGAAAGCGGAAUCCAAGCUAUAUUCAAGACCUACAAAGAUAUAUUCCUUGAUCGGUUGCCCAAAAACGUUGAGAACAAAUCAGAAACAUGGCUUAAUUUCGAAAGGCAAAAUGCAGCAUACAUGUUGCAGCAUCUGCUGUCCCACAAGUCGGUGCAGAAAUCCUUCACCUGGCGUCAGGAACAACUCAAAUUCUUCAUGGCCAUUGGUCUAUUUAACGUCAAUAAUUCGGGGGAGAUUUGUCCUCGCAGUGAGGCAGGUCAGCUGCAAAAAGACUUCGGAGUUCACAUGAAAAACAUUUUCUACACAAGCUUGCAGUCGAAAGUGCCAGCCUUGAAAGAUGAGAAGGCAGUUCUUUUGACUUUGGUGGAUACCUGCAAUGAGUAUUUGCAAAAAAAGAAGGCUACAAACUUCUUCCGCCAGAAAAUCAAUGAAAACGUCCUCAAAGCUUGGAACGAAAUGUAUGCUGAGGUGAAGAAUUCGAAGAAAGUCCAUGGCAACGAAAAAAAAUUGCAACUGGUGUUCCAUAUACUCCUGCUGCACAUGGGCCUCCAGCUGUUCCGGGAGCCAGAAAUGGCUGAAACGGCAAUCUUGGACUUGGAGAAGUGCAUGGCUAGGACCAAGGGAAAGAAGAAGUCCAGCGAAGAUUCAGAACCCGAGUGGAUCGAGGUGGUUAUUGAUUUGUUUUUGCAUUUGCUGUCGCAGAACGCCAGCGCCCUUAGAAACAUUGUAAAUACGGUUUUCCCUCAAUUGUGUGACAGUUUGAAUUUGACAGCAGUGCAUCAGAUUCUGGCCAUGCUGGACAUGAAGGACGGACAGAAUCCAUUGAGUGGUAAGAACGAUGAAGAUGAUGAGGAUGGUGAAGAGGAGGAGGACGACGACGACGAAGAGGGACAGAAGGAAAACGGAAAUAAAGAUGAUGAGGAUUCUGAAGACGACGAAGAGAACAAUAGUGCAUCAGAAGAUGACGAAGAUGAAGAAGUCGAUGACGACGAAGAUGAUGAAGAGGAAGUCACAGCGUCAGAUAAGCUUCGGAAUGCCAUUUCUCUAGCCCUGGGCUCCGCAAUACCCAAAGACGACGAUCAAGAUUCCAUCGACUUAAAUGACAUGACUGAAGAAGAAGGUAAAAAGCUAGACGAGGCUCUAGCUGCGGCCUUUGGAGCGAUGAAGAAAGCCGGUGGGGAUAGCCAGAACAAAAAAUCCAAGAACCACCGAGUGCAAACCACCACAGUUAUGCACUUCCGCAUUCGAGUCCUGGACCUUCUGGAAAUAUACACACAACACGAACCCAGUCUUCUCAUAACCAUUGAAAUAAUGUUAGCCCUCUUCAAUAUGCUAGAAUUCUGCACCGAUGAAGAACUCAAGCCCUUGCAGAUCAAAGUCGAGAAGACACUCAACAAACUAACCCUCCUCCGACAAUUUAGCUCUGUUCAGGAUGUGACAGAAGCAAACCUCGUUGAUUUCAUUCGGUUGAUCAUCGAAAAGAAGGCCCGCUCCAUUGCGUUCGAUGUCCACAAUCGAUUGAAGAACAAGUGUUGCAUGUUCCUAAUUGCCAAUGCGAAACUGAUGAGUGAAGGAGGUACAAACGAACAGGUUCUCGCCUUGCUUGUCGAUUAUCUGGAAGACUUCAUUAAAACACGCAAUCCUGCUGUAAACGUUACUCUGUUAAGUGAUAUUUUCAAACUUCCCUGGCAAGGCGUUUGGCCUCUUGCCAGCACUUUGACCGAAAAGGGUAUGGAAAUGUCCGUACGGACUUUCAGGAGAAUACAAGUCGUAGAAUCGCUUAGUUUGGUCUACAAAAACCACAAACUAAUCAGCGAAAAUUCUAAACUCGCCAAGAAGCACCUCAAGAAAAUUGAAACAAUCCUAUGCCAGCAUUUGGAAGCAAUUUCCAAGGCAUCUAGUAUAUCACAAAAAGAAUUCAACACUCUAAUGGAUUUGUUCUUCUUCGCCAAACGCUGUCAUAGCAAAUACACAAUCGAAAACAGCUCGCUUAGUUCUUGUAAAGAUUGUGUUCAAGAGAUAAGAAGUAGAGUGCAGUUGGACUUGGCUCAAAGUUACAACAGAUUUUGUACUGCCUACGAAGUCAAACCAUUGAAGAAUCCCGCAACAGUCCAAAACGGACUAACAAAUGGCGAUGUAAGCGAAGAGGAGGAAGAAGAAGACAAUAGCAAAGUUGAUGUUACAACAAGCAAAAAAGAUAAAAAUAAAAAGAGGAAAAAUUCAGAUUCAGCAGCGGAAUCUUUCAAAAAAGGCAAAAAGUUGAAGAAAGAAGAACGAAUGAAAGCGUUUUCUGAAGGUCUAAAUGGAGGUUUCAAUUUUGACAGUGCGACGCCGGAGGAUGUUGUGAUAACAGACGACAUUUUACCGAAUCAUGAUGAUAGUAGUUCUGCGCAGGAGGACGAGGAGGAAGAUUCAGAUUAGGCAAUGCAUUAAGGUUUUAUUUUUUUUUGUAAUAAUUAUUAAAUUAAAUUACAUUUAAUAAAGAAAAAAAAAAACAUGUAAAUACAUAA